AUGAAGUAUCCGUCAGGCUGUUCAAAGCGUCAGUUGAAAAUGACAUCUCAUUUCAUCUCAGCAAUACUGAUUCCGAUACUGAUUGCUGUGUUUACCAUAGUCCUUGCCUUUCAACAAGAAUCAAUUGCGAAAGCAAAUCGUGAAGUCGAUUUACGUAUCGCAACUGGACAACAUCAACAAAAUUUAGAAUUAGCUACUGAAGAACAUCUCAAUGAUCUGCUCAUCACUUACAUGGACAACAUAUCUGAUUUGUUACUGGCCAACAAUCUUUCCCUGGAUAAGCAAAUUCUACAAUCUAUUGUCUAUCCGAAAACAUUAUUUGUACUCCGUCAAUUAGAUCCAAAACGAAAAUCGGAUCUCAUUCGAUUUCUUAAUGAUUCCCAAUUGAUUGCCACUGAAAAACCAGUCUUUCUCAGUCUCCGAUAUGCCAAUCUGACCCGUGUUCAAUUUGGUUCAUCCGAAGAAAGUAACAGCAUGAGAUAUAUCUCGUUUGUAUCAACUUAUCUGAACAAUGCUUCGUUCAUUUCGGGAUCAUUUACUCAUGGCGAUUUUACGUAUAGUCGAAUGCGCGGAGCGCUAUGCAACAGUUCCUUCAAUUAUGCAAUCUUUCUUGCUGCGGAUUUGACCGACGCAGAUUUGACUGGCUCGCAUGUUUUCAAAGCUGAUUUCACCAGAGCAGUUUUGAGAAGUACAAAGAUUAGUCCAUCGCAGUUGAAAAGUGUAGGAUCGAUUUCGGACGCCACGCUUCCAAAUGGUGCCAAAGGUCGAAAUUUGAACCUCUUCAAGAAUUCUAUUUGUGAAAAUUUACUAAAUGGAAAUAAUAUUCAACAGAAUGUGAACAUCAGAAACAUGCGCGACUGGGCAUCGUCUAUCAGACGGAAGUUGGCUUUCCAAUUUCGUUUCAGUGGUUGGUUCUAUGAGCUAAAUGACUUACGUCUCAACUUUACCGAAUACGAUGAAGAUAAUGCCUCUUUAGAUCAGUACUCUUGUACUCGUAAAGAUAUUUUUCUGCAAAAUACGGUUAGCGAAUCAUGUAAUUUCACCAGACAAGGGGACGGACAUCAGGCGACGAACGGUUCAGAUCAUUAUGAGUAUGUGGAUGUGAAGCGGCUUAUUCAGCCUCGUACUCAUGCUAUUGGAAUUAACAUUAAUCUCGGACAACGUAGUGCCUGUCGAGAUGUUUAUUUUUCUAUCGAAACAAACUAA